CCGAAUCACUCUCUCAAGAAAUCCUCUCUUUUUCCUCAGCAAAACCUCUUUGCCAAAAAAAAAGAAAAAAAAAAGAAGAGAAGUUUCUAGAUUUCGCUCUCCUGUAAGUUUCAGUGGUGCUAACGGGUGCACGUUUUCCGCUAGUGUCCCUGUGAUGUCGCCGGCGGCGGCGGCGGCUUCACGAACGACGGUUGUUGUCAUCAGAAUAUCUAGGUACAGGCGGGCCCACUAGAAAGAAAGAGGAGGGAAAAAUGGAAAAAUCGGGCGCCUGAAAGAAACUGUAUUUUUUGAAGUCUGGUGUGGGACCCAGUAGAAUGGACGGCCAGAAAAGUCAGGCGAAGCUCACGAGAACACAGUCGUCGCUUCUCCGCUCGUCGCCGACCGUCCGAUCGUCCAUCCAUUGUCUCGAAGUUGGUGACGGCAGUAGUAAGCCUCUCCUCAAAGAAGAGGAAGGUGGAGACCCGGAAUCGUUGCUUGAAGAGGAGAAAAAGAGGAAGCCACCGAAGAAAUCGGGGUCGACGCCAAGAACCGUCCUGACUCGGUUCAACCCGGUGUUCGCCAUGGCUUUGAUCUCCUUCCUUACCAUUGUCUCCCUCCUCCUCUUCUUCUUCUUCUUCUACUUCAGAAGGGAAGAGAUACCCACAUCGGAGAAUCUUUUGCUGGCCCUCACUUUCAUCGCCGUCACUCUGUUUUUGGCUAACCGGAACAAGUCUAUCAUCAACCAGAGUCUUGCUUCUUGCAAACUGACGUGGGACGGUUACUCGAAACGACAUGGGUUUCGCUCAUCGAACGCCAACACUAAACCGUUGCAGUGGUUCAUCGGGGAAAACAAGAACACCAAGGAGAAACAGAAGCUCGUGAGGGAAGGGGUGGAGUUCUACAGCAAUGGGGAUUUCUACGAGGGGGAAUUUCACAAGGGGAGGUGCAAUGGAAGCGGGGUUUACAAUUUCAUUGUGAACGGGAGGUACGAGGGGGACUGGGUGGACGGAAGGUAUGAUGGGUAUGGAGUGGAGACCUGGACCAGGGGAAGUAGAUAUAGAGGGCAAUAUAGACAGGGCUUGAGGCAUGGAUACGGGGUCUAUAGAUUCUAUACAGGUGAUUCGUAUGCGGGUGAGUGGUGUAACGGGCAGAGUCAUGGUGUUGGAGUCCAGGCUUGUGCAGACGGGAGCUGUUACAUUGGAGAUUUCAAGUGUGGGGUCAAGCAUGGCCUCGGCUGCUACCGUUUCAGGAAUGGAGAUAGAUUUGCUGGAGAAUACUUUGGGGACAAAAUACAUGGUUUCGGUGUCUAUCAUUUUGCUAAUGGUCACUAUUACGAGGGAUCCUGGCAUGAAAGUCGUAGGCAAGGAUAUGGCAUGUAUGUUUUUCGUAAUGGUGAGACAAAAUGUGGUGAAUGGGAUACCGGCACCCUUAAGACCCCUUUAUCCCCACCAACUGAUGUAGUAAUUCGAGCAGUUCAGGCUGCUAGAAGAACAGCAGAAAAUGCAAUUAGCCUUCGCCGGGUGGAUGAGCAGGUGAACAAGGUGGUUCUUGCUGCAAACAGGGCAGCCACUGCUGCUAGAGUUGCUGCUGUCAAGGCUGUUCAGAACCGGAUGGAUGGUAAAUUUUGUGAUACAGAUGUCUAAGUGUGGAUCAUUAGCUUUGGUCAUAGUGUAAAUUCUUAUUAUACUAAUUGUGAAGAGGUCAACCCAGUGAGCAAAAGCUCAUAGGAGGUUGAGGUAUCGUUUGAUCACAUCACGCGCAACGGCGACUUGUGUAUAUAGAUCUUGUAACCUGUGUUCAAUGAAAGAUGAGUUUUCAA